AGCACAUGCGGGCAUCUUCACAUUGUCAGUGACAGGACAAAAACCAAACUACGGCCGAGUAAGAUCAGCAUCUAAUCUUGGAUAUUUAGGCUCCGCAUUCUCAAGGUGCGUCAAUCCUGACGCUAUGUACUGAUGUUCGCAUCCUCUACGGUGCGUCAAUCCUGACGCUACGCACCGACGACGCCGGCCGGCCGGCCUCUGCCGGCUUGGGUGUCGACGCCACCAAUCAACACAAAGACGCGGCCUCUGCCAGCUUGGAUCUGUCGACGUUCUUUAAAUCACUUGCUAACUCUGCUAGCUAGCCUCCUCAGCCUCUCAUCGGAUCCUCUGAGCCAGGAGCCCACGAUGCCCAGCCUAGUCCAUGUCCAAGCAGCGACCAAUGAAGAAGUGAAGCCGGAGGCGGCGGCGGCGGCGGCGCACUUCGUGUUCGUGCCGCUUAUGGCCCAGGGCCACAUCAUCCCCGCCGUCGACACCGCGCUGCUGCUGGCCACUCAGGGCGCGCUCUGCACCAUCGUCGCCACGCCGUCCACGGCGGCGCGGGUGCGCCCCACCGUCGAAUCCGCCCGGCGGUCCGGCCUGCCAGUCAGCCUCGUCGACUUCCCGCUCGACUACGCCGCGGUCGGCCUGCCCGACGGGGUCCCAGGCGGAGCGGACAACAUGGACAACGUCCCCCCGGAGUACAUGCUGGCCUACUUCUCCGCCGUCGCGCUCCUCCGGGGGCCGAUCGAGGCCCACCUCCGCGACCACGCGCCUCAGCCAGCAACAUGCAUCGUGUCCGAUUUCUGCCACCCGUGGACCGUGGAGCUCGCGGCCAGCCUGGGGGUCCCCCGGCUCAGCUUCUUCAGCAUGUGCGCCUUCUGCGUCCUGUGCCAGCACAACGUCGAGAGGUUCAACGCCUACGACGGCGUGCUCGACUACAACCAGCCGGUCGUCGUUCCGGGACUGGAGAAGAGGUUCGAGGUGACGAGGGCGCAGGCCCCCGGCUUCUUCCGGGGCUGGCCCGGCUGGGAGAAGUUCGGCGACGACGUAGAGCGAGCGCGGGCCGAGGCCGACGGCGUCGUCAUGAACACCUUCGUGGAGAUGGAGCCCGAGUACGUCGCUGGCUACGCGGCCGCAAGGGGGAUGAAGGUGUGGACCGUGGGGCCGGUCUCUCUCUACCACCAGCACGUCACGACGCUGGCGGCGAGAGGGAACACCGCAGCCAUCGACGCCGACGACUGCGUCCGGUGGCUCGACGACAAGGAGCCCAGCUCCGUGGUCUACGUCAGCUUCGGCAGCAUCGCGCACGCGGACCCGAAGCAGGUCUCGGAGCUCGGCCUGGGACUGGAGGCGUCGGGCUACCCUUUUAUCUGGGUGGUCAAGGACGCCGGCCGCCACGACGAGGCAGCGCUCGCCUUCCUCCGCGGGCUCGAGGAGCGCGUCGCGGGGCGUGGCCUGCUCAUCUGGGGGUGGGCGCCGCAGGCGCUGAUCCUGUCGCACCGCGCGGCAGGCGCAUUCGUGACGCACUGCGGGUGGAACUCGACGCUGGAGGCGGUCGCGGCGGGGCUGCCGGUGGUGACGUGGCCGCACUUCACAGACCAGUUCCUGAACGAGAAGAUGGCGGUGGAGGUGCUGGGGAUCGGCGUCAGCGUCGGGGUGAAGGAGCCAGUGAUGUACCGGACGGAUCAGAAGGAUGUCGUGGUUGGGAGGGAGACGGUGGAGGCCGCGGUGAGGAGCGCCAUGGACGGCGGGGAGGAUGGCGAGGCGCGGCGUUGCAAAGCCCGUGCGCUCGCGGUGAAAGCGAGGGCGGCCAUGCGGGAGGGGGGCUCGUCGCACGCCAACAUCUGCGAUCUGGCCAAGUGUUUCGAGGUGGGCGCCACACAAGGUACCGCCGAGUGAUAUCUGGGCAGUGUGUGCGUUUAUAGCAUGUAGCUGUCCAGCUACCGAGAGCCUAAAAUGCCGUUCCAAUCAAAGUUAAGACUUUGAAAACUCAUAGUACACUACAUUUGGUCUAUUUUUGUACACUAUUUUUUAUCAAUGUGGAAGGUCUUAUCAGAA